AUGGUCGAGUCGGGCGAGAGGGUUACUCGUGCAUACACCGCGUUGCACAUAGCGGCCGGGCGGGGGCAUCUCGAAAUCGUGACACUCUUGUUGGACCAUGGCGCUGAUCUCCAACGCCAGUCUACAGGGUUCUGCGGUUGCUCGCCUCCGCGUUCGGAAUGGGAGGAGAUUGAAUGCGAAUGGGCCUACGACUACCAGAAGGGUGGAGAAGAGACAUGGUCACCACUCCACGUUGCCUUGUGCUCUAAUAAUGACGAAGUAGCUCAGCUCCUCAUCUCGCGCGGGGCUAACGUCAGAAACACGGGCAGCUUGAAGUGGUCUGUAUAUCACCAAUUGGCUUUUUACGGCAAGCUCGACUUCCUCCGCAAUGUCCUAGACCGGCACCCCGUGCAGGUUGCCGAGAUUCGCGACGUAGACGAGACAACUCCAUUGAUCUAUGCCUGCUUGGGGCACCAUGUCGACUCUCUCGUUCCGUUUUUCCUCAGUUAUGGUGAGAGAAUCAACGGGAAAACCUACAUUAGCCUUUGUUUCCAAAAUGUGGUCUUUGCGAAUCCACUGGGCCAGGCAUUUGCUUUGGGCUACUUACAAGACGCUCUCCAGCUUCUCAAAUACGGUUCCGAUCCGACAGACGACAUUCAGGUGGAAACGUCUGAGGCUCCAGUUGACAGGGUAUCAUGGACUCCUCCGUUAGUUAUGUGCUGUUUGCCGGGACUCAGUAAUGACAAAUCACAAGAAGAUGCCCGCCUCAAGCUACUACGUAGACUGGUCAAUCCCGAAGGCCCUUUCGAUUGGCAUAUUCCGGGGCCCUAUGAUGGCCCUGGAUACUACCCCUCUGUCGCCACUUUUCUUUCUUUGGCUGCUUGGUGUUCUAUCAAGGGGCUUGUCAAGACGUUAUUAGAAGCCGGCGUCGACGUCAAUUCGUGUGACAACCUGGAUAGGAAUGCGUUGAUGACGUUGCUGGGCGACGUGUUUUCAUGGGAGGCAGACCAGCUGGUGCUUCGCGGUCAUUUCCAUUUCCCUCAAGAAAUGGAAGACAACGAGUACUACGACUCUGUUCUUGAGAUGGUUCGUCUGCUGCUAGAUACCGGAAUUCAUCCUAACUAUCAGGACGCGUUUGGAAGAACUGUGCUGCACCCCCUGUUUAUGGCGCAGCCCAGCUGGCGACCAGACCGGUUGAAGCCUGACGAGGCAGGGGAAAUCGUUGGAUUGCUUCUUGCAAAAGGCGCAGACCCCCUGAUUCGAGAGAAGCAGGGCUGCUCCGCCCUAAGGAGAGCCGUCAGGAGCAAAUGCAAAUGGGCUCUGGAGGUCAUGUGCCGGACAUGCCGGUUUGAACUGAGGGACGCUUUCCCCACUCACGACGAGGUGUUUGAUGUGUUGGUCGACUGCGACUACGACCGACGACCUGGAUUCGAAUUGCCGCGAAAUCGUGAUGUGGAGGGGGGUGCGUACGACGAGCUCGCAGAGUAUUGCGGUUACAGACGCGCAAAGGAUUAUGAUCGUGUACGUACACAUCACUACAGUGAUUAUCCACUUGAGUCUGUUGAUUCGAGUGGGCGAUUUUUCUGCAGCAAGAGCCAGACCGAAGAGCUGGUCCAGUUUCUGUGCAAUCUCGACCGCACAGCCAGUUGCGAUUGA